ACAACCCAAGCACACCUGCCGUACCGAGUUACAGGAAAUCCAAGAUGUAUAAGAUCAUCGUCCUGGUUGCCUGUCUGGCCGUCGCUGCCUUCGCUCAAACUUCUGAAGGAGAGUACGGCCAUCACGAGGACUAUUAUUCUCAUCCGAAGUAUAAGUUUGAGUAUGGCGUCAAGGAUGAACAUAGCCACGAUCACAAAAGUCAAUGGGAACACCGUGACGGAGAUGCCGUGAAGGGACAAUACACUCUGGAUGAGGCCGAUGGAACCCAUCGCAUCGUUGACUAUAGCUCGGACCAUCAUUCUGGAUUCCAGCCUCACGUUGUACGCAAGGGUCACGCUCACCACCCGCACGGUGAGAGCUAUGCUAACAUUGAUCAGCAUUACUAAAUGAGAUGAUAUUGAAAAUGCGAAAGCAAUUGAAAAUGAAACAAACAAUAAAGUCAACCCAUAUCAUGUUUCCAGUCAGUCAA